CCUGACUCCGUACCGGAAACGCGCCGGCAGCAGCGGGGCUCGAGCCUGCGGACCUGGAGAGAAAACAUCAUCUUCUUCUUCUUCUUCUGUCAGCUGGACAACAUGGAGCUGCAGGAAGCCUCGGUCUGAGGAACCGAACAGAACGUCUGCCUGGCCCUGAAACUCUUCCUCAUCAUGUCGUCCUGGCAGUGCUUCUCCCUCCUCCUCUUCCUGCCCUUCGUCCGAGCAGCUGAGCCCCCGUUAUCCUCUGACAACACCACGGACGAUCUUCAGGUCGUCACCAUCGCGGCCAUCUUGCCUCUGACCAACACGGAUUACGCCUGGGCGUGGCCUCGAGUCGGGCCGGCGCUGGAGUUGGCCGUCCGCCGCGUGAACGCCGACCCUCACCUGCUACCGGGCCUGAAGCUCAACCUGGUGCACAACAACUCGGAGAACCGUUUGGGCUUCUGCUCAGACUCCAUGGCGCCGCUGGUCGCCGUCGACCUGAAGAUGUCCUACGACCCUUGGGCCUUCAUCGGACCUGGAUGCGACUACUCCUCCUCACCGGUCGCUCGCUUCACCAGCCACUGGGAUGUGCCCAUGGUGACCGCCGGGGCCCGCGCGGUGGGCUUCAAACAUUACAAAGCCGUCACCAACACGGGCCCCACGCACAUCAAGCUGGGAGAGUUCAGCACGGUGAUCCAGGAAACCUUCCGUUGGCAGCGGCAAGUCAUGCUCGUCUACACCGACAACAAGGAUACGGACGACGACAGGCAGUGCUACUUCGCCGUGGAGGGGGUGUACGAACUGCUGGGCGUGCACAAUAUAUCCACGUACGACUACUCCUUGGAGAGCGAGCCAAACUACAAGAUGGUGGUUCAAAGGAUCCGCGAGAAUGGACGAGUGGUGUACCUGUGCUGCUCCCGGGACAUCUUGAGGAACCUGAUGGUCCAGUUCUGGAAGGAAGGAGUGGAGCUGGACAGCUUUGUCUUCUUCUACAUUGAUCUUUUCGCAGACAGUGUGGGGGGCGGACGACCCGUCAGGCCCUGGUUCAGAGGAGACCAGGAUGACUACGGGGCCAAGCUCGCCUUCAGGAGUGUGAAGGUGCUGACCUACUUGGAGCCUCAGAAUCCAGAAUAUUUUGAGUUUGUCGAAACUCUGAAGAGCGAAGCAAAGAAAUCGUACAACUUUACCAUCAAAGACUCCCUGUACAACCUGAUAGCUGCGGGGUUCUACGACGGCAUGAUGCUGUACUCCCAGGCUCUGAACGAGACGUUGAGCCAGCAGAGGACAGGACCGGGACCGGUGAAGAGGCCCAAAGGAGAUGUGGUGACCAAGAAGAUGUGGAACAAGACUGUCCCAGGCGUGAUGGGAAUGAUGACGAUGGACGAGGUAGGAGACAGAGAGGUGGACUUCGCUGUGUGGGACAUGAYGGAUGUGGACUCUGGAGAGUUUCAGGUGGUGUGCGUAUAUAACGGCAGCCUAAGGCAGCUGGUUCUGCAGAAAAGUCUGAACUUUCAGUGGCCUGGGGGCUCCCCACCUCCKGACAUCCCAGAGUGUGGCUUCAAGAACGACAACCCAAUCUGCCUCACAAGAAGUUGAAGCUAGAGAGCGAACUGGCUGCCCAGCUGUGGAGAGUCUCCUGGGAGGACAUCCAGAUGAGCAACUUGGAGAAAACCAUGCGGAGAACCUGCAGCAGGCUGACCAUGUCUCUGAAAGGAUCCAACUAUGGUUCCUUGAUGACCAUGGAGGGAAACUUUCAGAUCUACACCAAAACUGGAUACUACAAGGGCAAUCUUUCAGCCAUCAAGUAUAUUAACAAGAAACGCAUUGAGCUGACGAGGAAGGUUUUGUUUGAGCUCAAACAUAUGCGAGAYGUCCACAACGAGCAUCUGACUCGCUUCAUCGGCGCCUGCCUCGACCCACCAAACAUGUGCGUUAUCACCGAGUACUGUCCCAGAGGGAGCCUUCAGGAUCUGAUGGAGAGCGACGGCAUCACUCUGGACUGGAUGUUCAGAUACUCUCUCAUUAACGACAUCGUGAAGGGGAUGGCGUUCCUCCACAACAGCGUCAUUGUUUCUCACGGGAACCUGAAGUCGUCCAACUGCGUGGUGGACAGUCGGUUUGUUCUGAAGAUCACAGAUUACGGGCUGCAGAGCCUGCGGACCAGCAGCUGCCCUGAGGACACACACGCUUACUACGCACGUAAGCUAUGGACCGCUCCAGAGCUCCUGAGGUCAGAGUACCCUCCCCUCUGCGGGACCCAGAAGGGGGAUGUUUACAGCUUUGGUAUAAUCCUGCAGGAGGUGGCUCUGCUCAAAGGAGUUUUCUUCCUCGAUUCACAAUCCCUCACUCCUAAAGAGAUCAUCCGGGCGGUGGUUCACGGUGACCUACCCCCGCUCCGUCCCUCCCUCUGCUUCCACAGUCACAGCGAGGAGCUGGGCGUCCUGAUGCAGCGCUGCUGGAGCGAAGAGCCGAGCGAGCGGCCUGACUUCCACACCAUUAAGAUCCUGCUGAGGAAACAACACAGAGGUUAUGGGUCCAACAUCCUGGACAACCUGCUGUCUCGUAUGGAGCAGUAUGCCAACAACUUGGAGGAGCUGGUGGAGGAACGAACUCAAGCUUAUAAUGAGGAGAAACGAAAGGCCGAGGCCCUGCUGUACCAGAUUCUUCCACAUUCUGUGGCCGAGCAGCUGAAACGGGGCGAGACGGUUCAGGCCGAAGCCUUCGACUCGGUCACCAUCUACUUCAGCGACAUCGUCGGCUUCACCGCUCUGUCUGCAGAGAGCACGCCGCUGCAGGUCGUGACUUUAUUAAAUGAUCUCUAUACCUGCUUUGAUGCCAUCAUCGACAACUUUGAUGUUUACAAGGUGGAGACUAUUGGGGAUGCUUAUAUGGUGGUGUCAGGUCUGCCAGUCAGGAACGGUAAGCUGCACGGCCGGGAGGUGACGCGGAUGUCUCUCGCCUUGCUGGACGCCGUCAAGAACUUCCGGAUUCGGCACAGACCCAACCAGCAGCUCCGGCUUCGCAUCGGCAUUCACAGCGGCCCUGUGUGCGCUGGCGUGGUCGGGUUGAAGAUGCCCAGGUACUGUUUGUUUGGAGACACAGUCAACACUGCGUCACGCAUGGAGUCCACAGGAGAGGCCUUGAAGAUCCAUGUGUCGGAGGCAACUCGACAAGUCCUGCAGGAGUUCGGAUACUUCCAGCUACAACUCAGAGGAGAAAUUGAAGUCAAGGGCAAAGGACGCAUGAGGACAUACUGGCUGCUAGGAGAAGAUGAAAAAAACUGACAAAGACCUGAGGGAGACUGACAGAAACGACUUGUUCCAGAACGACCCCAUCUGAUGGAUGAUAGUCCAAACUAUCUUUUUUUCCCCCUCUGACUGGACGGUCGUUUGUAUCAUCGAUUAAAGUCACAAGUCAGAGGCCGAACUGGUUUCACCAGAGAUAAACUGUAGAGAAGCAGAUACGGACAUAACGAAUGUUUCACUGUAAAAUAAGUCAUCUGAAGGAAAAAAUGUGUAAAUACAAAAUAAAAUGUGUAUUGUUA